ACUAAAUGAAGGCUGCAGGAAAUGAAGGCGCAAAAACACGCUGCUGCUCACCCUGCCCGCACAUACACCUCUUGCUGGGGGUUUAUUUCACUUUCUUUCUUUCUUCACUCGAUAUCCUUCUACUCCAGGACUCGUGUGAGGACACACCCACACACACGAUGUUGUCGUCCCUCAAGACCCUGCUGCUGCUGUCUGUCGUGUGUUCGCCCUCCUCCGGCCUCUGCCUCCGCCUGUCCAACGGACGCUCCUCCCUCCUGUGUGACCACCAGAUGGCCAUCGGCUUCCGGGGUGACGACGACGUGACCGGCUCCUCCCCCGAGGACGGCUGGGGGCGCCUCCUGCAGCCCGCAGAGUACCUCUCUUCUUCGUCUUCCGAGUCUGAAAGUCGAGAGAAAAGGACUUACAACCCGGCAAAGUCGCGGUUCCAAAGCCGGGUGAAGCUCGGGGGCCCUCUGCCGCGCAACAGCCUUAAGGGGGCGCGCAGGAGCCGGCUGACUCUGUCCCUGGACGUGCCCACCAACAUCAUGAGCGUCCUCUUCGACGUGGCCAAAGCCCAAAACCAGCGCGCCAAGGCGGCAGAGAACGCUCGCCUACUCGCUCAGAUCGGCCGGAGGAAGUAACGCGGUGGCAACGCUUUUUUUGUUGUUCUUUAAAGGAAAUGACUGGUUGAUCGGAAGGUCAAAGGUAACAGCGCCAUUAUGCACGCCCUUCCUGUGUUCAUGAAAACUUAAUUUUAUGUUUGUCAAACUACACUUCAUUUGUGUUCAAUAAUUCAGCAUUGUACUGUAUGUACAAUGAUAUAUAGUAAAUAUAUAUGUACACAUUAUGCAGGCACUUAUAUAAGUUUAAAUCUGCGUCUUUCCCCUUGCAGGCCAACAUUAUUUCCCAGGAAAAAAAACUUAGUGGAAUAUAUUUUUAUCAUUUUAAUUCCGACUGAUUUCAUCUUCUCAUUUUGAAUUCAUUUUCAAGAUGUUCGACGGUUCUCCCGAGAGCGGUGAGGAACACUUGCAGCGGUGUCAGAUAGAGAUACGAGGAGUGUGUGCUCAUCAGAUGUGUUAUUUUUAUACUAAAAAACAAAGGAUUAUUUUUCCCCAAAUAAAGCAGAAGUCACAAACUAUGCUGCCGUCACUUUUUGUCCCAUUUUCUUGUUAUAUUUCAUUUAUAAUCCAUUAUUGCAUAACCCAACAUUCCAUUUCAAAACAUAAAAAUUUUAAAUAAAUAGGAAAGAAUCUAACAAAGUCAUUGAGUGUAUUUGUUUAUGAAGUACACAUCAAAUACAACGCAAUACUGUCCUCUUGUGGCAAUUUAGCAUAACUACAUUCAGGUGGACAAGUGCUGCCCCCUGUGGCAACCUAGUGUAACUACAGUAACAAUGUACUUCACCUCUAUACCUGUAAAGGCAAAUGUGUCAGGUAUUGCACUGCUGCCACUCAUGUCUUUAGCCCCUCCU